UCUACUGUCUGACUGUUUUCGUUAGCAUGUAGUCUAGUUCUACCAUUUAUAAGUAAAUUUUAAAUUCAUAAAAAGAUGAUGAAUAAAUUGAUUUCUCACUGAAAAAUUGAGUGACAAAAUGACAACUCCAACGACUUCGUCCAAUGAUCAGACUUCUAAUGAUGGGAAUAUUGUCCAAUCAACAAAAAGUGUUCAGAGUCCUAUCAUGGCUGUAAAUCUACCAUCAAAUAUAUCCAACAUUCCAUUAGGAUUACAAAUGUCUGGACUUAGUGCUUUACAAAUGCCUAUAGGGGGGAUAAACAACCAACAGAUUGGUGUCAUUUCAAAUCCAUUGACUCCAAUGCCAGUGAUCCCACAGCAAUUUCAACAAAACACAGGAGGUGGGAUUAUUGUACUCAAUGUUGGGGGUGGAAACAAUCUGGCGGCAACCAUUAAUCAGCUAGUUGCAGGAGGAUUGGUCCAACAACAACCUCAGUUAUCAAUAGUGCAACCAGCAGCACAAGGAAUACAAAUACCUUCAGUUCCUACUGCGUCCCAAUCUGAGACUACUGUUACUAAUGUACCUGAAACGAUACAGGUACCUGUUACAAGCGCAAGUAAUAUAGCAUCUGUGAGUGUGACGACAUUGUCUGCCACUACAUCAGGCUCUGUUUCAACCACAAUGGACGCUUCUGCGAACAAUUCUAUGGGACAUAUUGUUCAGCAGCAGCCACAAAUAGCUGUACCACAGACAAGUAUGGUGAUGAAUUCUCCGAUGCAGUUUUCAAUUCCCUCUCAACAACCCCAACAACAGCAGGCAUUCAUGCUUGUUCCUAUUCCUCAAAUACCAGGCCAGGCAUCUCAACAGUUGAACUCAGGUGCAGCAUUUGUAACUCUUCAAAACCAGAGCCAGACCAUGGCACAAGCACAAUCACAGCAACAAAUUUUAGUCAAUUUACAGAAUCAAGUGGUUGGUUCACUGGCCGGCAAUGCCCAAAUCCAAAACAUUCAACAGCAAAUGGCUGCGGGCCAAGCGAUCUCUUUUAGUCAGCAACAAUCUGCAGCUGGUCAGCAACAAUUAUUCAAUAUGGCUUCUCAAUCGAGCCCAGCAUCUCCUUCAGUUCUAACCAAAACACUAAUUCAACAUUUGACGCAACCAGCACAAACCACACAGAGUUUGCCAAGAACUGAUGAAUUGAGAGCAUUUUUGACAAAAAGAACUGAAAGUAUUGUUUCUGAAUCGGUAAAAAAUAUUCCAAUGAGCACAAUUCCACAUCAUGUACCAGAAACAUUUGCCCCUACUGUUUCAAACUUAUCAACUACUGUGUCACAGUCUCACCCAUAUACAAUGCCAACAUUCGUUCAAAGCCCAACCACCAGCAAAUUACUGCUACCUUCACCACAGUUACUACCUACUGUAUCCUCACCAGGGUUAGCGUUUUUAGCGCAAGUUAGUUCUUUAUCUGCAAAUCAGCAGUCAUUAUUGAAUGAAGUUACAUGUACAGCAUCGUGUUCAACAGUACCACAUUCUUCACCUGUGUUCCAGCAUCCACAUAUACCCACUAAUGUUGUGAGUAGCGAAGUGAAUAACAAUAGUAUUGGAACAAUGUCUUUCAACAUAUCAAAAUUAAACACCCCCACAUCUGAAUCCAAUGGUUCUACAAUGGUUUCCAGCACAACAAGACUUGGUGACGAUAGCAAUUCAUCAAUACUUGAUGGGUCAUCAGGUGUAGAUCCUGGUAUUGUUCUUCAUGAAAUCACAGAAACAACGGAUUUUACAUUUCCAAGUGAAUUAAAUAUUGAUGAAAAGAAUUUCACUGUGAAGAAAAAUAUUGAGAAAAGGAAGAAGGAACUGCCUUUCCCACCAGUGGUCAAAGAAAAGCGAAAGAAAGGUCCGGCUCCUAAACUAGAUGGCACAGAAAUCUGUCUGAUAUGUGGCGAUCAUGCUUCUGGAUAUCAUUAUAACACACUCAGUUGUGAGGGAUGCAAAGGCUUCUUUCGAAGAACAGUUAUUAAAGGUGCAAAUUAUCAAUGUAAAGCACAAGGAGAUUGUCAGAUGGAUUUAUACAUGAGAAGAAAAUGUCAAAAAUGUAGAUUCGAUAAAUGUAAACUCGUUGGCAUGAGAGAAGAAUGUAAGUUGGCCUAUAGUACAUGUAAAAAAAGAAAAACAAAAAAAGAAUGUGAUUCGACCAUCAAUCCAACAGACAUUUUGUCAUCUUGUCCGGAUGAUCAGCCAUUCCCAACAUUGACUCCACAACAGCGAAAUUUAGGUCGACGUUUACUAAAAGAAUGAAAGGAAGAUUUCAAAUGGCCAAACUACAGAAGAUAUGAAAAAGGGUUACGGUAUGCAUGGGAGGAUUGGGCUCAUUUUACCGAACUUGUAGGUAAUGGGGCGGUUGGUUGUGAAUUUACCAAGCAACUACCCGGGUUUCUCACAGUGUUGCGAGAGGACCAAAUUGUUUUGUUGAAAGCAUGUGCGAUUGAAGUGUUACUCCUUCGGGCAGCAAAGCAAUAUAACAAGCAUGAUGGAACAAUAAAUUUUUUGAACGGGAUGUUGUAUGAUAAAUCAUGUUUCUAUCGCGCAGGAAUGCAGGUCGAAUUUGUUGAUCCUAUUUUUCAAUUUUGCAAUAGCAUGGCACAGCUUGAUUUAGAUGAAACGGAAUAUGCAAUUUUAGUUGCCAUUAAUACUUUUUGUACAGAUCGCCCACAUAUAAAAGAUAUAGGAAAAGUUGAAUGUAUGCAGGAUCCUUAUGUUGAUUUAUUAAGAGUUUAUUGUAAAAUAAGACAUCCAAAUGAUCCUUUGAUGUUUCCAAGAAUUUUGAUGAAGAUGGUUGAAUUGCGAACAUUGAAUAAUUAUCACAGUGAACAAAUAUUUGCUCUUAAAGUUCAAGAUAGAAAACUACCACCUUUGCUUGCUGAAAUAUGGGAUAUGUGAGAUCACAUCUCCACAAGUACAGACCGUACCUUAUUCACAACGGCGAGGUUUCGUUCAUAUGAUCAUGGGGGAUUCGCAAAACACUCUCGCCAUGAACUACAUACAAACCAUAUUCUCUCGGUGACUAGUGAUCUACAUAUCUUAAGCGCACGAGAGGAUCAUGUUCAGUUUUGAAUGCUGGGAGAAGGCAGUGCUCAUGGGCCAAGAAAGGGAUUUAUAAUAUAUGUUUAUCUUUGUUUGUUGUUGAAAUAUAUUUUCAAUUGUUUGUAUCAUGAAAUGUAAUAAUAUUUCAGUGAAGUUUGUUUAUUUCAACUCAGAUUUCCAUUAAAUCUAUCAAUCUUAUUUAGCAUAACUAUGGUAUUUUGGGAUAUAUUUGCUGUGUGUAUCAUGAAUGAUAUUCGAUUUUGCAAUCCAAUUGUUGAUUCAGCAAUCUUCUAUUUUCCAGAUUUAGAAUUGUUCGAAAUGCAGAGUUUUUAGAUAUAUAUUUCAUAUUUUUUGUAUAUGUCAUUUGUGAUAUUUAAUUUAUCUGCUCUAGUGAUGGUAAUGAAAUUAUUCAUUCUCUUAAUAAAUCUGAGAGAAACAGUUUGCAGUA